CGAGGCGGGCAGCAGCCUCGGCCCAGCCCCCAGGCCGCGGCGAGGCGGGAAGGCGGCGCCAUGGCGGGCGCGGAGGGGCCGGGCGAGGCCGCCUCGGGCUUCUCCGACCUCAGCGACUCGGAGCUGCUGCAGCUGGAGGAGCCGGAGCCGGAGCCGGGGGGCGGCGGGAGCCCGAGGACGGCGCGGGACCCGGACCCCGACCCGGCCCCGGCCCCGCUGCGCGUGACGGAGCUGGCGGCGCAGAGCUGGUGCGAGCUGCAGGCGGCCCUGGGCAGGCGGCGGCCGGUGCCCCCCGCGCCCGGCCGGGCCGCGCUGCUCCGCGCCGGGACCCACCUGCACCUGGCCCGCGAGCUAGAAGUCCAUGACAUCGUGGACGUACCUACAAGCAGCAGAGAAGAUGCUUGGGCAGUCAGAGUCCUCAAUCUGCUCACCAUGAUUCCUGUCCUCCAAGCGGGUGACUGUGUGCGGGAGCUUCCUGUGUUUGGAUUAAUAGAAGGAGUUUUUCUGACUGGAGUUAUUGAUGAACUGUGCUAUAACAUCAAGGGAGAGCUGGAACUGAAUGAACUAAAGACUCGGAGCAGACCAGUAAUGCCUUCUGAAGCACAGAGAAGGAGAGAUCACUUCCAGGUCUGUUUGUACAAGUAUAUUUUUGAUGCCAUGGUGCAAGGUUGUCUAAAACCAGAUAUCUUCACUAGUCACGUCAGCCUGAGUCCAGAGCAACUCCUGGGAUCUGAAGUCAAGCAACAUGCUCAGAAAGCGGGAUUCACAGUAUCUACCUUUGGUGAUCUUUUGGAGCUACUGUGUCUAAAUCUGACCUUUUCAGAUAUUCCCCACAUUGACUGUCUGAAAAUCAACUAUAACCACCAAGAGAGUAAUAUACUGCUUGGGACUGACAUAGUGCUGUAUGAAGAAAAGAAGGUCAGAGAAAAAGCUCAAUACUAUCUUGCUUACUGGAAAGGACAGCGGGAGGCACAAGGAGUGGAUAUUGAGGAAGCUUGGAAGUGCCAGUUUUGUGACUACUCGGAGAUAUGUGACUGGAGGAGGACAAGGGCAGAGAUGCCUCUCCAGAGAAGUGGACCAAAGAAAACUAAGUGAAAGUCAUCACAGCUUCUUGGAAGGAUACAGAGGUUUCCACCUUGUGACUGUUGUGCUUUGGCAGGUUAACAAGGUUUCAAAUAAACCACUCAGAGCUGAGUGAAUCAGUCCGUA